AUGGCAGACAGAAACUGGAGAAACCAAACAGCUGUCACAGAAUUUAUCCUCCUGGCGUUCGGGGAACUCCCUGAACUGAAAAUUCUUCUCUUCCUAUUGUUCCUAGUGAUCUACAUGGCAACCGUGGCCGGAAACAUGCUCAUCAUUGCACUAGUUGUAGCUGAUCAGCACUUUCACAACCCCAUGUACUUCUUCCUGGGGAAUUUGUCCUGCUUGGAGAUCUGCUACACCUCCACCCUCCUGCCCAGGAUUCUGGCCAGUCUCCUGACUGGGGACAAAACCAUCUCAUUCAGGGGCUGCUUCUCACAACUGUAUUUUUUUUCUUCUCUGGCAGCUACAGAAUGCUAUCUCCUAGCAGCGAUGUCUUACGAUCGGUAUUUAGCGAUAUGUAAACCCCUGCACUAUUCAACUCUUAUGAAUAUCUGGUUUUGCAUCCAGUUGGCUGCUGGGUCAUGGUUAAAUGGUUGUUUGGCUACUACAAUCUUUGUCUUAUUCCUAUCACAGUUAACAUUCUGUGGCCCGAAUGAAAUUGACCAUUUCUAUUGUGAUCCCAUCCCACUGAUAGAACUCUCCUGCAGUGACACACACUUGAGCAUAUUGGUGAAUUUCAUACUAGCCUGUGUAUUCACCCUGCCUCCAUUCCUACUAACCCUGACGUCCUACGUGUUUAUCCUUGCCAGCAUCCUGAGAAUUCCUUCCACGACUGGGAGACAAAAGGCCUUUUCCACCUGCUCCUCUCACCUCACUGUGGUGACAAUUUUCUAUGGAACCCUAAUGAUUUUCUAUAUGCUUCCGAAACAUAAUACAGUCAGAGAUUUGACGAAAGUGCUCUCUCUUUGCUUCACGGUCCUAACUCCCCUGGUAAACCCCCUCAUAUACAGUCUUGGAAACAGAGAGGUCAAGGAAGCCUUUAGCAAAGCGGUCAGUAAAUGUGGCAUUCACAAAAACAUGCAGAGACUCUGCGAUAAUAAAAUAGCCUGA